AUGGCAUACAUGGAUAUUUCCCCAAUCGGAAAAUCAAUCGGAAACAUCGUUCUCCUCCACGGGAAAAACUUCUGUGGCUGCACCUGGAACGCCACGAUAGACGUCCUCCUCGCUGCUGGCUAUCGGGUUAUUGUUCCAGAUCAAGUGGGAUUCUGCAAAUCGACGAAACCCACCAGUUACCAAUUUACGCUCGAACAACUCGCUCUCAACACCAACAAUCUUCUCCACUCCUUGAACGUCACAAAUGCAACCAUCAUGGGCCAUUCGAUGGGUGGGAUGUUAUCUGCAAGAUACGCUCUCAUGUUCCCCUCCCAGACAUAUCGCCUCGUCAUGGUCGAUCCACUUGGAUUAGAAAACUGGUUUGCUUUAGGUGUUCCCUAUCAAGCAAUUGACGUCUCAUAUUUGACGGAGCUGAACACAAGUUAUACCAGCAUCCAAUCGUACCAACAGGCAACCUAUUAUGGUGGAACUUGGAAUGCUUCGUACGACGUUUGGGUAAACAUGCUUCUCAGUAUCUAUAAAGGACCACUAGGCACUCAUUUCGCGUAUAACAUGGCUUCGACGACUGACAUGAUCUUCACCCAACCGGUGAUCCAAGAGCUGCCCAAUCUGAAGAUGCCAUCGCUUCUUCUGGUCGGGGAUCUCGACAACACAGCCAUUGGAAAGGCUUGGGCACCUGCAAGCGUCAAGCCAUUGUUAGGUCACUACGACAUUCUGGGGAAGCAGGUUUCUGCAAUCGUUCCUAACUGCACCCUGGUGGAGUUCCCGGGUCUGGGCCACGCUCCGCAGAUUCAAGCUCCAGACACAUUCCACGCAGCGUUGUUGGGCUGGCUAAACUGA